GGCGGUUGCUAGGGCAACAGGAAUACAAUACCGCGGCCGGAUCCUAACGCUCUCCAGCCAGGGACCACCGCGGAGGUCCACGAGCCGGAAGCCGCCUCAGGAAAACAGAGGGCCGGUACCACAGUCUAGUCUCUUUUCGGCCCGGGUCCGACUACGGACUGUCGCCGUCAUCCGCAUUCAGGAUGAAGAACUACAAAGCAAUUGGCAAGAUAGGAGAGGGGACGUUUUCUGAAGUUAUGAAGAUGCAGAGCCUGAGAGAUGGAAACUACUAUGCCUGUAAACAGAUGAAGCAGCACUUUGAAAGUAUUGAGCAAGUGAACAAUCUACGAGAGAUACAAGCACUGAGGCGCCUGAAUCCACACCCAAACAUUCUUACGUUGCAUGAAGUGGUUUUCGACAGGAAAUCUGGUUCUCUUGCACUAAUAUGUGAACUUAUGGACAUGAAUAUUUAUGAGCUAAUACGAGGGAGAAGACAUCCACUGUCAGAGAAAAAGAUCAUGCAUUAUAUGUACCAGCUAUGCAAAUCACUCGACCACAUGCACAGAAACGGGAUAUUUCACAGAGAUGUAAAACCAGAAAAUAUACUAGUAAAGCAGGAUGUCCUGAAACUAGGGGACUUUGGGUCAUGCCGGAGUGUCUAUUCCAAGCAACCCUACACAGAGUACAUCUCUACCCGGUGGUACCGGGCCCCAGAGUGUCUUCUCACCGAUGGGUUCUACACGUACAAGAUGGACCUGUGGAGCGCUGGCUGUGUGUUCUACGAAAUUGCCAGCCUGCAGCCCCUCUUCCCUGGUGUGAAUGAACUGGACCAGAUCUCAAAAAUCCAUGAUGUUAUUGGUACACCUUGUCAGAAGACACUCACCAAGUUCAAACAGUCGAGAGCUAUGAGUUUUGAUUUUCCUUUUAAAAAGGGAUCAGGAAUACCUCUACUGACAACCAAUUUGUCCCCGCAAUGCCUCUCCCUCCUGCAUGCAAUGGUGGCCUAUGACCCUGAUGACCGAAUCGCGGCUCACCAAGCCCUUCAGCACCCCUAUUUCCAGGUGCAGAGGGCCGCUGAGACACAGACCCUAGCCAACCACAGAAGAGCUUUCUUCCCGAAGUACCCCAUGGUGCCAGAGUCAUCCAGGCAAAACUGGUCAUUCUCAAAGGAGGGCAGAAAGCAGAAGCAGCCCCUGAGGCAAGAGGAGUGCCAUGCCAGAAGACAAGGGCCAGCCAGCUUGAUGGAACUGCCUAAACUGAGGCUGUCCGGAGUGACCAGACUGUCAUCGUGUUCCAGUCCUGCGCUGCGGUCAGUGUUAGGCACUGCAGCAAACGGAAGAGUCCCUGUGUUGAGACCCCUGAAGUGUGCUGGUGCAAACAAGAAGACAGACACACAGAAGGACAGCAAACCUCACCUGAAACAGUAUCACCUGCCUACUAUCAACAGGAAAGGGGGCGAAUACUGAGCAGCACACCACCUGGUCACCCUUUUGGAGAGCAAGGGCAGGCGCUAUGAGCAGGCUUAGGCCCCUGCGGCUGAGAGUGGACAGGCCAGAGGAUGCCCUGUAUGCUGGUGGUCCUGACAAUGCUUGGUAGCCCAGGGACAAGCUGCCCAGCAGCCCGUCUGUACCCACAGCCUGGAGCCGUGUUUGCCACCCCAAAGCAGCUGUACCGAGUGUUCCAGUUUAAUACAUAUGUAAAACCACCUCAUUCAAGGGUUUAUUUCAUUCUCAUAAUGUAAGGAUUUGAGGUGACUUUUUAUAUGAAUCAAAACAUAAGAUUGGGCUUGGUAACUCAUACCUGUAAUCCCAGCACUGGGGAGGUGGAGGGCAGGAAGAGCCCAGCCUGGGCUACUCAAUGAGUAUCCCUGCCUCAGAAAGAAAAAGAAAAUAAGAAAGAAAACAAAUAAAAGAUAGACCAAAAUCUCUGUGAUGAGUGACUUAGGCUUGGUUGAGAGACGGCUGUGCACAUUGUACCUCAGUGUUUUCCCAACAGGAUUGGCAGGUAUUCCAGGUCUUGUGGCUGUGGUACCUCCUAGGAGUGCUGUUGCAGACUGCUGAUUUCCACUGCAGAGUCAGGUACUGUUACAGUGGCUCAUGAAAAUGGGCUCCAUCUAAAUGUGUUACAAGUAGCUCCUUUGUGUCGGCUUUCCUGAGCCACAGCUGGGCAGGCUGACAUCGUGUGCCAGCUUUGAGUGGCGGCCAUGUCAUGAUUGCUAGUGCCUAGACUCCCUUAGGGAUGCAGAACCAGGAUCUGGUUGUCAGUGUGGCUUGGAGCAGGUAGGCAAGUUGGGCACCUUGUGCCCUAGAAAAAGAAGGCUGGGGCUAGGGAGACAGGGAGUGGUCAGAGUGCUUGGGCUCGAGAAGAGGACCUGAAUUGGAUCCACAGCAUCCAUGUAAAAGCUGGGACUCUUACACCCCUAAAACCUGAUCACCAGGCAGGGAACAGUGCAGGAUGGGGACAAGACAGGAGGGUCUCUGGGGCUUGCUGGCCACCAAGGGACUCAAUGGAACAGAGAAGAAUAAGUGACACAGUAGGUGUCCUGGUGCUUCUUUCUACACACACACACUCAAAAGUCCAUUCCACUACAGUGGAGAGAUGGGAACAAAUGUAAAAAGAAUGGUACUGAGUGGAUUCAAAAGGCAAAAGCAGGCUGGGGAGAUGGUUCAGUGGUUAAGAGCACUGACUGCUCUUCCA